GAAAUAGUUUUAACAUGAAAGCUCGAAAGUGACAGCUGAGAGGUGGAAUCUGUAAUUUUAGCUCCUCAGUCAACUGGAAGACACUGUCACAACAUAUCCGAUAACUUUAACAACAGUUUAGUGUUUAAUACGAUACAAUAUGUAUUUUAAAAUGAUCCAGUUUAAAUAUAGAUGACCUCAGAAACAGCUGAAACUGGACAGUUUACUUGUUUCCAAGGAAACCAUAUUACAGAAAAUCUAGACAUCCGAAAACUCUCUUCCUCUUUGAACCGAAGUUAAUACUUCAAGAUGGCAGACGGCGAAUGUGUAAAAGUAAUUGUAAGAUGUCGUCCAAUGAACGGCAGAGAAAAGGAGCUGAAAUGCAACUGUGUUCUUGCCAUGGACGGCAAACGUGGCCAGUGUACAAUAAGAAAUCCAGGGGAUUCCAAGGCGCCUCCAAAGGUGUUCACAUUUGACGGAGCUUACUUCACUGAUUCAAUAACUGAAAGUAUAUAUGCAGACAUAGCCUAUCCCUUAGUGGAGGGGGUGACUGAAGGAUACAAUGGCACAAUCUUCGCCUACGGGCAGACUGGAUGUGGUAAAUCAUUCACUAUGCAAGGUAUCCCCAACCCUGCAACACAACGAGGCAUCAUCCCAAGGGCAUUUGACCACAUUUUUGAGACAGUUUCUGUGGCAGAAGAAACAAAAUUUCUCAUCCAUGCAUCCUAUUUGGAAAUCUACAAUGAAGAAAUUCGAGAUUUGUUGGGGAAAGAUGCCAAAGCAAAAAUGGAUCUAAAAGAACACCCAGAAAAAGGAGUUUAUGUCAGUGGUCUUUCGAUGCAUCCUGUACACAAUGUCACGGAAUGUGAACGUAUUAUGGAAAAGGGCUGGAAGAACCGUGCAACGGGCGCCACACUUAUGAACGCAGACUCAUCUCGCAGCCACAGUAUCUUCACUAUUAACUUGGAGAUGAUACAAGAGGACGAUGAAGGGGAAGAACAUAUACGUGCUGGAAAACUUAACCUCGUCGAUCUUGCUGGUAGUGAAAGGCAGUCCAAAACAGGUGCUACUGGAGAUCGUCUGAAAGAGGCCACAAAGAUCAACUUAUCGUUGUCUGCCCUUGGAAAUGUCAUAUCGGCACUUGUUGACGCGAAAACCAAACAUAUCCCGUACAGAGACUCCAAGCUCACACGUCUUCUCCAGGACUCUCUGGGAGGAAAUACAAAGACACUUAUGGUUGCAUGUUUGUCCCCGGCCGACAACAACUAUGAGGAGACGAUAAGCACGCUUCGUUACGCAAACCGAGCCAAAAACAUCCAGAACAAACCCAAGAUCAAUGAGGAUCCCAAAGACGCCUUGCUUAGGGAAUACCAGGAAGAGAUCACCAAGCUCAAGGCCAUGUUGAUGGGUCAGCUUCCCAUCCCAGAGGGAGGCUUCCAAGGUGCUCCAGGGGAUGCGGGCAAGGCGGGCAAGGCAGGAGGAUGCGCAGCCAAAAAUGACACGGACCACAUCCGACAAGAACUGGAGGAGGAAAAGGAGAGCAUAAGAAUGGAAUAUGAUGCAAAGAUGGAGGAAAUGAAGGAAGAAUUUGAGAAAGAGAAAGUGAGCAAAGCCAAGGCGGAACAGAAUCUGGUCAAAUUGCGGGAAUACUAUGACAGUAAAUUGUCGUCCGUGGACGGGCAGCUGAAAGGCUUGCCACCUACUGCUGCAGUCCUGGGGGAGAUAGAGUGGAACAAGGAGGAGGGAGGCGGAGACAAGGGAGGAGCUAUACUUAAAAUCGGUGAGGAGGGCAAUGAGGAACAGUGGCAUGAUGCCACCGUAGGGGGCAAACAGUCCCAGGGGUCCGCGGCUGGAGUAAAUGAUGCUGACGGUGAAGGCGAUGAAGGAGGUGAAGGUCAAGUAGCUGGUACAGCAGUGGCCGGGAAAGCAGCUGGCAUUGCUGUUGGCAAAAAAACGAAAAAAAAGGUUACCUCCAAAAAAAAUGGGGCUGGUCCUCAACAGAACGGUUCUGCCCCCGAGGUAGGGGGUUCUGCCUCUGGGAUAGGGGCAGAUGAAGGGGAAGGGUCCCUGGGGGGUGUUGGCAGCGAUGAGGAUUUUGAUUCACCGAGGACUGGAGAUGAGGAGGAUUUCAGUGAAGACCAGCAGGAAGAUCGUCCCAGCUCUGUAAUGGGGGCCGCUUUGCCAGAAGGCCCAGGUACUACUGGAGACUUGAGCAAAGUGGUCAUCAAGAGCAAUGUUCCUCCUCAACAACAAUAUCCAUCUCAAAAUGGUGAGAUCCAAGAUGGUCAAGUGUUACCAGGCGAGGAGGGACAGGUCAGCCAGGCUGGUCAGGGCAUGGAAGGAAUGCAAGCAGGAGGAAGGGUCGGGGAACAGGAGGGACUUGUGGCACCUAGCUCCUCUCCCACCCAGUCAAACAUGCAGGAACACCUGAAACUUCAACAGGAAGAGGCUAUGAAAAGGAUUCAGGAGCUGGAGAAGCAGAUGGUUGGUGGGGAAAACAAAAACAACCCCGAGGUGAAAAACAGACGGAAGAAACGCAUGAAAUUUGCAGAUGAACAAAAACAGAAGUUGGCUGAGGCCAUCAUAAACAUGGACGAUGACUACAUAAUGUUGGAGAUAUAUGACAAUGUUCAGGACGAGGUGAAGGCAAAAACAGCACUUCUGGAGAAGGAAAAAGAGAGGGUAGAAGGCCUUGAACGAGAGAUUAUUGACAUACAGUCAGAGUUUCAGUUUGAGAAAAUUGAUUAUCUGGACACGAUUCGCCAACAACAGAAACAACUACAGCUUGUUCAGGGUCUGUUGGAAAAAAUUCAUCCCUGUCUGAGAAGGGACUGUAACUAUAGCAACUUGGACAGGAUACGGAAGGAAUGCAGAUGGGAUGAGGAUGCAGAGAAAUGGCUGCUGCCGCGAUUGUUGAUACAGACAACUGCUCUUCCUGUGGCAGAGACCACACUGACUCAGUCGACAAGCCCAGACAUGGGAACGUACAAAGAGGGAGUGAUGCCAGGGACGCGCAUGGAUCCCAAGUCUCGCAACCGCCCCUACGGCAAUGGCGAGGUCAACGCCAGCAUCCAUGACCAAGAAGAGGACCGUUACAAAGAGAAAAUAAUGUACAAAGAUGACCAGUCGUCCAGGUACUUCAAGACCAAGAGGGCAAACCAGCUUCUUCAGACCAAUGGGGCUGAACCGGUCAGCAAAGUCAACAUGUCCGAGAUUAAAGACACCUUGAAACAGAAAUCUCCAAACAAUUUUCCAUCAUCGAACGGAUUUGGUAGUCAUGAGGACAGUAUGAGCAGUGGCUUGCGUGCGGCCGCAGUCCAUGGUCAGCUGAUGCAGGAGGAUACGAUGGUUCGUCGACCCUUGCGCCUGGAAGCCUUGCCGACUCUUGGAGGUACAGGGAAAUCAAAGAAGAAGAAAAACAAACCCUAUUAAUAUGUCAAUCUUACAUGUUCUCCUGAUAUAGCAUAAAGAUUGGACAGAUAGCAUAAAGAUUGGACAGGUAUUAGUUUGGCUGGACUUUUCGAAAAAUUCAAAAUUGUUAAAUUUGUAAUUUAAGGGCAAAUCUAGGAGAUGUAAAGAGAAAAUUUAUAGAAAUAAGAACAACAUUUUUUUUUUUCAAAAUUCCUGAUACUUGUCAUUCAAGACUAGCGAAAGUCAAUGUUGAUUAUGCAGUACUUCUAUUAUUUUGUAUGUAAUAUUAUAAAUAGAAAAUGUUAGGAAUGAAAUUAAUCAAUUUAUCUAAGAUAAAUAAAAACAAAAAAAAAACGUUGAAGUUCAGUUAAACAUAAUGAGCAGUUCAUAUAGUGCACCUCUCCUGGGGAUUCAUGAAAUUUAAAGUCUGAAAAUAUCGUCUGGUCGCAAAUUUGCAAACUAUUUUACCUGUGAAAAUUAAUGUCUAUAUGGUAUAUGUUAUCGGGGGCUAGUCCUUGUCAAACUGCUACCGGUCCGUGUAGAUACACUGAGAGGACCUGUGUAUUGUUUGUUUUAUGUAUAUUAAGGGUGUCGAUGCAAUCACAACUAAGACAGGUGGUCACUCUCUGUUCUAAUGUAUAGAAAUUGAUGAUGUUGGCAAAAUUACAUUGUUUUUAGGAAACAAACUGGGUCCAACAAGCAACAUGACAUUUCAAAACAGGAAUGAUUGUUAAUUAUCUCUUCGGAGCAAAAGUUGUCAUCGAAAUAUUUUGAUAAUCUCAUAAUAUGGUUUGAAAUUUUCUUGAGGAUGAUCCCACAGAAAAUUGAAAUUGUAAUCAUAUAGCAUUGAAUUGCAGUUACAGAUUUAAUGCUAAAACAUUAAAUAUGUUAAUAACAAAUGUCUUGUAGCUGUUGAUGCUGUAAAAAAGAAGAAUUUUUAUAAUGUUUUAUGUUGAUAAGCUAUGGUAUUUAUUUGGAAAUAAGCCCAUGCCUGGUAAUAAGCCCAUGUCUGGUAAUGAGCCCAUGCCCGGUAAUGAGCCCAUGCCUGGUAAUGAGCCCAUGCCUGGUAAUAAGCCCACCGGUAUCUAUUACAGUUCAGCGGGAAUGCCAACAAAGGUUAUUUCAUUGUCUGGUAAUAGGUCGAUGCCUGGUUAUAAGCCCAUUUAAGUUCAAUAAAAAUUACAACAAAUUCUGUUUCAUUGCCCUGAAUCAGCCCACCUCCCUACUUUGGUUUAGAGAUUUUAUGUUGGCCCCCUGGGUUUAUUGAAGGAUAAAUACGGUAGUAUGCUGACUACAGGAGAUUUGAGCACGGUAAUCCACAGUGUUGUGUGGACACACGACAGCAGUGACUGUUGUAUGGCAUAAUGUUUUUACCAGAAUGUAGAUUGUUGUUUGUUGUCGUUGUGCUUUUGUAGCUAAUUUUCUGGUUAAUGUUGUGUUUCGGGAGUUUCAAAGAGGGAAGGGGGGGGUCUUAAGGUUUAUAUUUAAAAUCUCUAAAUAAUACCUUAAAUUCUAUGGUUAAUUGCAAUUAUGUUAUUAAGAUUAUUUUAGAUCUUAUUACCCUGAAUGUGAUGCAUAUCUUCAUAAUUUCUUGUUUCUUUUUUUUUCAAAUAUUUUUUUACAUAUGAAAUUUUCUCUGUUGAACAGAAAAUGCUGUGGUACUUAUAUGUGAUUCAUUGACAGCAGGGCACUGAAAUAUAAACUACAUAAAUAUAGGAAUGUUUAGACUUUGUUAAAGUAGCAGAGACAAUUACUUGAAUAGGGUAUAAUCAAGGCACUUUUCACGGACACAGCCCAGUGAUCAUGUGGUCAUCCUCUACAACACUUGCUUGUGUGACCAGCCUGUUCAGUCCUUUAAUGAACAGUGGUUUCCAUUUAAUGACACUUGAUAAAGUGUGCAUUUAAAGUUUCUUUUUCUCAAAAUAUCAUAGAAAUACAGAAAAAUAUUAUGUGAACGAAGUAAUUACCCCCUCGCAACAAAGGUUUGAGGGGUUAUAGGAUUCAGCCUUUGAGGGGUUAUAGGAUUCAGCCUUUGAGGGGUUAUAGGAUUCAGCCGGUACGUACGUUACACUAUUUGUUAUCGCUCUAGCGACUUCAUUCCUCAACAGAAUUUCAUGAAACUUCAUACAAGUGUUUAGUAUGGCAAUGCCUUGAACAAGUUCGCGUUUCGGGUUAAUGCGUUAAAAGUCCAGGUCACUUUUACUAUUUUUAGAAAAACUUUGCCAUCUCUCUAUCAACUUCAUUCCUCAACGGUACAAAAAUGUAUUAUUCAUCGAUAAAUGCAGUCGCUAGACCCGAUACUAAUGCAUCAUUGAAUUUUCUAUUUAUUUCCUCAUACAUAUGACACACAAUGUGUGAAUGCGAGGGGAUUUGUAUCACUUGUAAUAUUGCCUUGUUUUAAUUUAUAUCAAAAUACAAUCAGGGAUGUUCCAAAAUAAACUGUAGGGGAGGGGUGGGAGGCACUUAUUCAGAGACCCCACCACCCAUAAAUUAUUCAAAAUGAUUUAAUUUAAGGAAUAGUAGGCAGGUCUGGUUUUAACCCCACAACCCAUAAUAUAUUAAAUAAUACAGGUGCCUCCAACCUCCCCAAUACGAUAAAUUAUGGAAUAGUCAUCAUCAAUUUCAAGAACAAUAUCAAUUAAUACAAAACCAUAAAAGUACAUUGUACAAUCAUCAAUUACAACUUCAAUUUAAGCAUCACCUAACAUACAAUUGAUCACAACAAUUUAUACUUCUGUUACAAUCAUCAGUUACACUAAUGCUUUGUAAGUAACUUUAUACUCUAUUGAAGUACACUCUUACUAAGACCUGUAUAUUUCACUACUGAAAUACAAUCAUCACUUUGUACACUCUGUUAAAAUGAACUCAUCAAUUAUGACAAUUUAUGCAUCCUGUACUAACCCUUUCACCCCCAUAUAACUUUAGUAGACUCUACCAUGUACUAUAAUCUGGAUGAAUCCAUUAUAUGGUCUACAGUGGUGAAAGGGCUAAAAUACAAUCAUCGGUUACAGUAACACUAUAGACAUUCCUCAGUCAAGGUAUGGGUACAAUCAUUGGUUACGAUGACAUGUUUAGCACUUUCAAGCAUCCCUAUUUUCAGCUGAGAAUGAAACAUGAACAUUUGACAGAUGGAUCAUCGUAAUUAAUAAAUAAUAUUUCCUAUUUCACCAGGGAUAUGCAAUGGUCAAUUGUUUAAAGUCAGUUGGAAUGGAAAAAAAAACAACGAAAUUUAAUUUUUCAAAUUAUUGAAUUUAUUCAUAUCAAUUAAAAGCAUUUUUCAUUUUUUCAUAGAUGCAAAAAAAGUUGCCUUAGAAUUGAGACGAUCUUAGACCAGUUUCAUGUAUCGUGUUAUAUAUGUUGAGUCAGAAAUAGCAAUAACGUGCAAUGUAGAAAAUAUAAUUAGACAUAAUUACGAGAUUGUUAUGUGUAUAUUUUUGUGCUGUGUUUUUAUUAUUUCUUUAAUUUAUGAUAGUCGUAUCAUAGUUGUUGAUAGAUGAAUUUGUUCCAUUGCUAUUCAAAUCCAGAUAGAUGCCUUCCCUUCAUAGUUUUGCACUUCUAUGAUUCGGUAUCUAUUUCUUAGUGUUGACAGAUUUACUUACGUAAAGUUAUUUUUUAAUGGAGUGUGAAUAUCUCAUAGUUUGAUUAUUCAAGCAGUUGGUGUUGCUGAUUUGUUUUUAUUGAGGUAAAGUAAAACCUCGUUAUACUGCCAUGAUUUGCCCAGAGAAAGUUUGGCAUUAUAAAGGGGUUUGGCGAUAAAUUGAGGGAAAUGUAUGAAUGAAUUCUUGAGAAAACGAGAAAAAGGGCCCAUGAUAUAUGUUGGCGGUAAACGAGGUGACAAAUGAAACGAGUGGUGUUAUAACAAGGUUUUACUGUAUGUGUUUUUAUCUACUCCUGUUUGAGCAACACAAAAUGAACACUUAUAUACUAUAUUAUUAUUUGAUAUCACGUUAGUUAACACCUGAUCUUAGUUACUUUUAAUUACUAACAAAUUGAACAUAUUUACGUCGGUAACCACCACCAGUAUGCCAAAAUAAAUCUGUUAAUCGAUAUAAAUACAUGUACUCUUAAAAAAUGUUCAAAUAGAAAAAUAAUAUUUGUUUAAAGUUAAGGUAACUUUGUUACGUAAUUUUUCAUGUUAAAGGAUUACAAGUAUUUUUUCCUUGCUAGAAUUAAUACAAAACUCCUUAGUUUUACAUCCAUGAGGAACUGACUUAGUGAAACUUUAUGAUUUUUUGGCUAAUUUUUCUGGUGCAAGUGUAAUAUACAUGAAAAUGUGUUCCAACUUUAAGAAUAAAAUGAAUUUCAAGGAAAUUGGCCCUGAAGUAUCUCUUCUAUAACAUGCAUUGUUUGCCCUAAAUUUUCUGAAGUGUGUUAUAAAGUGUUUCGUCAAAAUGAAUAUUGUAAUUCACGUGUGAUGUUCAUUCAUUUCAAGACAACCUGGGUAGAUAAAAAAAAACAAGUUUUUGUGACUGAGCUGUAUCAUAUUUGAAUGAUAUUUUUACUGAUGGUUUUCUCUUAUUUUCAUAGAUUGGACUUUUUUGCUCUGUAGAAGGUUGUGAUUGUAGGUUGUUUGGAGUUUUUUCCAAAAAUGUCUCUUCUGGUUUGAUAAUCUUCCAUUAUGUUUACGUUAUAUACAUGUAUAUGUAUACAUUUUCACAAUGAUAUCCUAUUCCGCCCAGAUUUUUCUGUGAUUAUUUUGUUAAGACAUUUUCAUAUUGAAUGACUGUAUGAAUUUUUAAACUUUGUCUCCAGCAGUUCAGAUUUGAUUUUGUAAAUGUCUGUUUUAACUCGAACUCGUUCCGUCCAGAAUGCUUCUUUGUAGAGACAAUCCGUUCAUACCCAUAUCUGUAAUGUGCGAUACAUUUACUUUAUUUAUCCUGCAAUAAGCCCAUGCUUGGUUUCUUGAGCCCACCAAUAUAUAUUGCAGUUCGGAAGAAAUGCCAAUAAAAGCUUUUUCAUUAUCCUGUAAUGAAGCCCAUUCCCCUACUUUCAGUCAGAGAUUAUGUGUCGGCCCCCUGGGCUAAUUGCAGGAUAAAUAUGGUAAUAUGAUUUUAAGGAAAUGUUAUGUAUGAGACAGUGGCUGAAACUGAACAUUUUCUGAAGUGGUUAGAUUUUAUUUCUGAUUGUUCUACACAGAAGAUGACCCGACCUGCCACAUAUAAGGUCACAGUAUUCACAGGGUUAGGGUGAAUGGUCUAUACUAUUAAUUUGAGUAAUUAUGCAAAUUAUAAAUAGAUUCAAAUGAACACUUUCAAGUCAGAAAACUGUUCCAGUUUGAAGUGAUUUUGUAUAGAUUGCAAAAUUUGUACAGUUCCAUUUUAGUUCUAAUACCUCCCAUACUAUGUAAAUGUGUAACAAAUGUUUUUUCACUUCAAUCCACUGUAAAACAAUAAUGACAAAUUGUAAUAUUUAUUUAAAGUAAAUAUAUGAUGCAGAAUUCUUGUCACAAAAUGCCUAACAUAUGUUAUGAAAUGCUCCUAGAUUUAUAAAUAUUCUUGACUAAGAUUAUCUGCUUCCUGUCAGGAGAAGGUGCAGUGCUUUUGUCACAUUUUGGUUUGCGUUCUCCUGUCGAAGAAAAUUCACACACAGACUGCAUUUUAUAAUAUACAACUAACACACAGGAAACAGUUAACCUGUUUAUUACUCUUGUUAGCAACAUAUUUACUUACAGUAAUACAUUUUGUGCAUCAGGGGCUACUCACUCCAACAAUUUUACUACCAUAUAUUUAUGCUACUAUGUUUUGAACAAGCUAGACUCCGGGGGUAUUGAGAGAAGCAGCUAGACUCUGAAAAUGUCUUCAGAGAAGCACCUACACAGCCCAGAGAAGUGAGCAGCUAGACUCUGAAAAUAUCUCUGCAUAUGAAAAGUGUAUCUAUGAAUUGAGGAGGAAAUGAUCAAGGUCACUGAUAUUCUUUGAAGAGUUUCAGUCACUGUACCUCUUGACUAAGGUUCUCUUGUGCUAACAUUACUCAAACUCCCAUUUACAACUUUGAUUGCGGAUGAGCGAUAUUUUAGAUAAUUAAGAUCUUUAUGUCAGAGGAUAAGCAAUAUUUUAGAUGAUUGAGGUCUUUAUGACGGAGGGUAAGGGAUAUUUUAGAUAAUUCAGGUCUACAUGUCAGAGAAAAAGUGAUAAUUUAGAUAUCUUUAUAUCCAUUUACAACCGACUGGUUUGCGUCGAACUGUAAAAAAAACUAAGCAAGCAUCUUAGUCUUGAAUAUUUACGAUCUUGGAGCCCAGUAGAUAACUAAUGUGCGGUUAAUACUUGAUUACAGGGUUUACAUACAAUACAUGUAUAGCAAGAAUUUUGAAUAUUUUCACUUAAUCCACUAUUUAGGAGAAAAAUCUUGCUUUACCUUUUUCAAAAGGAUCCUUUUCAGUUGUAGCAAGGAUUCAAAGGAAAAUCCAUUUAACCUGGACAGCAGAUCAAUGUUAUUUUACAAGAAAACAGUUGAUGUGUGUUAAAAUGUAACUAAUAUAGAAAAUGGUCCCAAAAGUCGAGUAUCAGAAAACGAGAUUUCUAGACUAAUGUUGUAUGGUCACAACAAAUGUUCCAAGGUGCAAAUGAGGUAUUAUGCAUUGUUCAUAUUCCCCUUUUUUCUCUCUGAACAACAUGUAAGUAUCAUUUGCUUGUAAAACGUGUACCAGGUAAGCUUAUAUUUUGAUAUAUCAAAUUUACUUAUUUUGUCACAAAUUAUUUUGUCACAAAUAACAUUUUUAUCAUUAUAGUUUGAAGAAUGCUCAAUAAUUUUAUGUAUGGACCAUGAAGAUAGUAAAAAGAACAAUGAUCUAUAUAUUUUGAAGAAUGUUUUCUUUCCAUUUUUGCUCCAAGUGUUCGUCCAAUGUUCCAUUAUAAAUGGCUGAUUUGUAAAUGUAGUUUUAAUCGAUAUAAAGUUGUUUUGCAGACACAUCCCACACCGUUUUAUAUUAUGUUGAGUGGUUCACUGUGAUAGAGGCACACACGGUGUCCCCUAGUGUCAGCCCCCCAGUCAUCAUUGAUUGAUGUUAAGUCUUGUUAUACCAUUAUCAAUAAAAUGUCACAUUCCAC